UAUCAGAAUUACAAUCCACUCAAAAGACUGGCGAGAAAACUCUUAAAGAAAAAAUUAAUGCUCUCAACCAGCAAGUAAAAAACCUUACCAAUGCUUCUCAUGAUGAGAAAAAUAAUUUAAGCAGUAAAAUCACCGAUUUAGAACUAAAAUUAACCGCAGCGGCAAGGGCCGAAAUGGAUUAUAAAAAAAUCAUUACUGGGUUAGAAACAGAAUUAAAAAAUACCACUGAUAAGCUAGCCAUUGCGGUUAAUGCCUUGUCAGAAGUAGAGCAAAAAUUAGUUAACCAUUCAGCACCCACUAAUUUUAGUUCUAAUCAAACCACCUCAACUUCCGCCACUCAACCUUUUACCCCGAGCCAAUCCACGGAAAAUCAGCCAAUUAGCCCUUCCCCAGCGGACCAAAAAACUGGUCUAGAUAAGUUUA